AUUUUACGACAUAAGAUGUGGUCACGCUGAUAGGAAAGACAAAUUGGCCAAAGCCGAGUUUGAUUUUGUGUUAAAAUGUAACUUUAUUUAAUUUAGCUGUAACUACCUCCAUAACUUGCGGAUUUAAUGCGACAAUGUAGAAGCUUUUUCAUACGCUUUAAGGACACAAACACUCACACACAUUCAUAGCAAACUUUGGCAGCUGGCUUACAACAUUCCAAUUUUGGUCUCGUGAAGUAAUUAUGGAUACAUGAAUUGAGGCGCUGCACGUACUGGAAAGCGCAGCAAGUAACGGGAAGGGCAGAGGCAGAGUCAGUGGCAGAAAUAGAGACACCGCGCGCAAGAGUUAACCAUGUCAACGAACCCCAACCAACAACAACAACAGCAGCAGCAGUUACAUCAACAACCUGCAACAGCAAUAACAACAGCAAGAGAGCGGACUGGGAGCAACAGCAGCACUAAGAGGGCCCGAUGUGGUGGCAGUGGCAAUAACACAACAGAGAAAUGCAGCAGCUCCAAGCGAAAUUUGCUCGAAUUUCUGAGCAUUUGCAUUGCGUGCAUCGUGUGCUAUUACAACAGCACGCAGUGCGGUUUGGUCUUUGACGAUAUUAGCGCGAUUAGAGACAACAAGGAUCUGCGACCGAGCACACCGCUGAAGAAUGUGUUCCUCAACGAUUUCUGGGGUACGCCUAUGCGCAAGGAGCAGUCCCACAAAUCGUAUCGGCCUCUGACGGUGCUCACAUUCCGUUUCAACUACUUGCUGCAUGCUCUGGAGCCGUUCGGCUAUCAUUUCGUCAACCUGCUGCUGCACAUCGCUGUCUGUUUGCUGUGGCGUCGUGUCUGCCGCCUUUUGCUGCGCCAAUGCGUUGCACUGCAACCCAGUGACGAGACGACAACAACACCACACUCAACCCUAUCGAGCAGCUCGCUCAACACAUGCGCCUUUGUGGCCUCGCUCCUAUUUGCCACACACCCGGUGCACACCGAGGCCGUUACUGGCGUCGUUGGUCGCGCUGAAUUGCUCUCUUCCAUCUGCUACCUAGGCGCCUUUCUCAGCUAUGCGCAUGCAACGAGUGCCGCACGUCGCACGAAGUGGCCAACACUGUGUCUGUGCUUUGCCAGUUGCCUGCUGGCCUCAAUGCUGUGCAAGGAGCAGGGCAUCACGGUUGCCGGUAUCUGUGCUGUCUACGAGCUGUUUGUAGUGCAACAACUGCGACCGCUGCAUCUGUGCAACUUUGUGCUGCGUCUGUUCGAAGAGCAGCCAUCUACGAAGACUUCGUCGCCGUCCUCAGGCAGCCCAAGCAGACGCGGGUCGUCAACGCUAUGGAAGCGCUUGGCCUUCUUGGCCAGUGUGACAGUGGCGCUGCUCGUGGGACGUGUCUACGUGAUGGGCUCCAAGCUGCCCAUCUUUACGCGUUUCGACAAUCCCGCCUCAUCAGCUCCCACUCCAAUACGUCAGCUCACCUAUGGCUAUCUCAUCUAUCUGAACUCUUGGCUACUGUUGUGUCCAUCGCUGCUCUGCUGUGAUUGGACCAUGGGCACUGUUCCGCUGCUGGAGGGAUUUGCGGAUGUGCGAAACGUGGCCACGUUGUGCACCUUUCUGGGACUUGCUGCUCUCACAGCCAAGGCGUGUUGCUCACGCAAUCUGCCACAGUCGCGCAUACUGCUCAUGUGCCUCGGCUGGCUGGUGUUGCCCUUUUUGCCCGCCUCGAAUCUCUUCUUUCCUGUGGGCUUUGUGGUAGCGGAGCGCAUUCUCUACAUGCCCUCGAUGGGCUAUUGUCUGCUGGUUGCCUAUGGCUUUCAGCAGCUGCAGUCGCGUUGGAGCCGCAGUGGACGUCGUGUGGCACAGUUGGCGCUGGUUGCUUUGCUGGUGUCGCAUGCGUUGAAGACGCAGCAGCGCAACUGGGACUGGCGCAGCGAGUACUCGCUGUUCAUGUCCGGUGUGCAUGUGAAUCAACGCAAUGCCAAGCUCUACAAUAAUGUGGGACACGCACUAGAGAACGAGGCACAAUAUGAGGAAGCACUUUUGUAUUUCCAGCAGGCGGUGCGCAUACAGGCGGAUGAUAUUGGCGCCCACAUUAACGUGGGUCGCACCUUCAACAAUUUGAAGCGCUAUGCGGAGGCUGAGCAGGCGUAUGUGCGUGCCAAGGCUUUGUUUCCGCAGGCCAAGCCUGGCGUUAGCUAUCAUGCACGCAUUGCUCCCAAUCACUUGAAUGUGUUUAUCAAUCUCGCCAAUUUGAUAGCCAAGAACCAAACACGGCUGGAGGAGGCGGAUCAUCUGUAUCGUCAGGCCAUCAGCAUGCGCAGCGAUUAUGUGCAGGCCUACAUCAAUCGCGGUGAUAUACUAAUGAAGCUGAAUCGCACAGCUCAGGCGCAAGAGGUUUACGAGCAGGCGCUGCUCUAUGACAGCGAAAACGCCGACAUCUAUUACAAUUUGGGGGUCGUGUUUCUGGAGCAGGGCAAGAGCCAGCAGGCGCACGUCUACUUCAACAAGGCCAUAGAACUAUUUCCGGAGCAUGAACAGGCGCUGCUUAAUUCGGCCAUUCUGCUACAGGAACUGGGCGGUGAGGAGGCGCGUCAACUGUCGCGUGAACGUCUCUAUCAGGUGCUGGCAAGGGAUGACAACAACGAGAAGGUGUACUUCAAUCUGGGCAUGCUGGCCAUGGAUGAGUCCAGCGUUGACGAGGCUGAACAGUUCUUUAAGCGCGCCAUUCACCUCAAAUCGGACUUUCGCAGCGCUCUUUUCAACUUAGCACUGUUGCUGGCAGAUACGAAGCGACCAUUGGAUGCAGUGCCGUUUUUGAAUCAAUUAAUACGCCACCAUCCGACACAUGUGAAGGGUCUGAUAUUGCUGGGUGACAUCUACAUCAAUCACAUGAAGGAUUUGGAUGCUGCCGAGAAAUGCUAUCGUAGCAUACUGCGGAACGAGCCACACAACACUCAGGGUCUGCACAAUCUCUGUGUGGUCUUCGUGGAGCGCAAAUGGCUUGCCAAGGCGGCCGCAUGCCUGCAAUACGCACAGCGUCUUGCACCUGGCGAGGAUUACAUUGGACGGCAUCUGCAGAUUGUCAUUGCACGCCUGCAGAAAAUCAACAAGUUACCUGAUACAUCGCCUGAGCGGCAAUUGGCCUACGAGGACUACGAUCCACUCGAAUACAAGCUUCCAGAUAGUCGGGGCAUGCACAAAGCUAGAACGCGAUCAUAGCAACACUUGCUCUAAGCCCUUGUAAAUGUGAGAUCGUGAUUAUUUUGCAGUAGUAGUGACAUUUUUUUAAUUUGAUCAUCCCAAUGAAGUGAUCGUGUUUUUAAUAACGAAAUACUAGCUGGUAACAAACUACGUAAUCUCAACCUGAACCUUGUUUUGUAAAUAAUCUUCAAUUGUUGUUUUUAAGCAAAUGACGUACGCCGAAAUACUGCAUUUAUUGUAUACAAAUGAAAUUGUACUUAAUGGCAUUAAAUAAAACUAAAUGUACUUAAUGGUGA